CAGUGUGUAGUACCUUUGUUCUAAUGAAACACUUUACAAUCUAUAAAUUACUGGAUUUUGCUCUUCCUGAUAAGAAGCUCACAAUAUGAUAAACAUACACAUAGACAGAGGAAAAAAAAAAAGAUAACUUGUGAAAAAUAAUAGUCCAACUUUUACCCAGAUGUGAAAAUGUUGGAUACUAAUGUUCAUAGUCAUUUAAAGGAUGAAAUGCCUCCUUCAAGAUCUGAGGCAAACACAGAUAUUGUUACAGAGGAUUCAAACAGCUAUCUUCUUAUCAUCAAUAACACACUAUCAGACCAACGGACAUCCAUGAAUCAGAAAAAACUUUAUGAAGACAAUUUGUCAGAAGAACUUCAACAUGCAAGUGAAUUAUCAACAUCACUGGAAUCUGAUGAAACUCAUAGAGACCUUCAAGUAUCUGGAAAGUGUAGCAGAUCUAGCUCCAUAAGAGUGGAGAUUCAAGACUUGUGCAAUGAUGGAAGCUUUAAUUUUACUACCAACACUCUUCGCAAAUGUAAGCAAUUGGUGCUGAGGCCAUACUGGGGGCUUCUUCUCUUUAUUGGUUGGCGGGGUUUCCACAGAGAGUCCAUAGAUGCAAGUAAACGUAGGUGGCGCUGCAUCAAUUUUAUGUAUCCAGCAGUAAUAGUCUUAUUACUUCUCUAUACCUACAUGUAUGAAAUCUUGGCCUGUGAGUGGAAACUUGAUAUCAAAACUGACAGCAAGUUUAUGGAACCAACAAGCUCAACACCUGUUACGACCAGGACAACUAAAAAUCAUAGCCACAUCACAGCACCAAUGAGUUUCAUCCAGUCUGCUCAUCCUUUGGGCAACAAUCUGAGCAGCCUAAGCAUCAGCCAGAACAUAGGCUGCCAGCAUAUAGUGACCACUUACUUUAUUCCAAACCUUCUUCAUUUCCUAGCCUACUGCCUGGGGUUAUAUUAUUUCAGGAUUCAGGAGAAUGAACAGCUUUACGCUCUAAUGGAAAAGGUCUUUCUGCAAGCCACACCCCUGCAAGCCAGGACGGCGUCACAGCAGAAAAUGAUUUAUAAACUAAGGCUGUUUCUCAUUUUAGGAGCUAUCUGGGUAUUUUUCACUGUACUGUUACAAUGUUUAUAUGUUUGGGCUUUCAACUUCCCCAAAUUACCACUUUUUGAGACCAUUGGUUCUUUUGUCUCUGACAGAGAAUCUGGCUAUUGGGUUUUGUUCAGUGUUGAACUGAUGGGCAGGACAGUUUUCAACUCGGUGAUUCUGGCCAUUGUCAUGAACUACGCCACCCAGUGUGAGAUGAUAAAAUUUUAUGUCAGAGGACUUGGGCUCAGACUUCAGGAAAAAUCUACCGACUUAAAAACAGCAAUGAAGGAUUUGUUGAUGUUAAGGCAAAGUUUAAGUUUAUUAAAUGGGAUAAUAUCUAAGAUGACUUCUUUAGCUGCUAUCAUUCUUGCUGAGCUAACUAUUAUAGGUGUGUGCAUAUUAUUCUUAAAUGAAUAUGAUGAUGCUAAAGUGUGGACCUACAGAAGUUUUUUCCCUGUUAUCUGGGCUCUUAUGUUGUGUUUCCCACUGGUUCAAGCAGCUCGUGUAAACUCCAUAUGUUUAAGAAUUCAAAAAAUCUCUCUGGAAAUGAGAGUGUUUGGGUAUAAAGGAGCUUCUAUCUUAGAUCUGGACUCCUUCCUACAGUUUGUUUCUUUAACAAAAUUGAAAGCCAAGUUAUUUCAUGUCCCUAUGUUGCCGUCUCAUUUGAUCUUCACAGCCAUCGCAACAUCAUUUAUUCUUCUUAUUUUAGUACAAACUAGCAGUAUUGGACUUUCUAACUACUACUUUUAAAGAUUUUGUUCAUAUGCUGGAAAAAUUUAAAUAUCUGUUGAACCUGAGGAUUUUUGUUAUCUAUCAGCUAUGCACCAGUGGUAUUGGAUCUUAUAAUUAUUUGUGAUGUUCUGUUCAUAUCCUGGCAUGGAAGUCUACCAGGAUUAGAUCUCUAAUUAUACCUAAAAAUAUUUUUCUAGUAUAAGCUGUAAAAGAAUCGGACUUUCUUGUCUAGACUAGAAGACUUCAGCAUUUGAAUUUCUUUUGUUGAUGACAUUGGAUUCAUAUAGUUCAUCAGUCUAGCAGAUUGAAAUCUUCAAAUGUUUAACUAUGAUACACAUCUUUUUUCAAUAUGAAAUAUAUGUGAGAAGACACUAUUAUUAUGAAUAAUUGUAACAUUUAGUAUUAAAAAUAAUUAAAUCAAUGCAUAUAAUAUUUAUAAUUAUAUAUUAAAUACAAAAUUAUUAGUCAUAGCAAAUUGAAUGUUUUUAUUAAAACUAUGCAAAUAGUUAGUGAUACAUAUAAAAUAAUCCUUUGAUCUUUUUUUUUUUUUGUGAUUGACAAAUCUGAAAUUGUCACACUGAUUUUAUUGUUACUUAAGAUGUUUAUUUGUACAUGACCAAAGAUAUGUUGAUUUAACUAAAUGACACCAUGCUGUGACAAUGGACAGACUAGUAUAAAAUCGAGUAUUAUUUUUUUAAGAUUGUAGUUAAGUUUCAAUUCAUGAGUUGUUGGGAAAAUAAUGAAGUGUUCUAUGGUGGUUCAUUUUAUUACUAGUUGAAAGGUAAUGAAAAACAAUUUUUCCACAUGGAUAAUAUAGAUUCUUCUUCUUAUUAUUCAUGUUUUAGAUUUCACUACAGAAAUAAAGAUCAGUAACACAGUUAUUUUGUUUCUUUAAGGCACAAAGAUCAGAUUUUUAACUCCCAUGAAGGAAAUGAUGUCAUUUGGCAUCACAGUUUUUCAACCCUUAAGUAAUAUGCUAUCAUUAUUACUGAAUAGAAAAAAAUGUAAUUUACAUUUUCUUACAAAAAAUUAUUGCAUGUAAAAUGUAUUUCAAUAAGGUAACUAUGUACAUAAUUCAACUUGGUCGUGUGUUAUGUUGCACUGUUGUUAAUUGGUCUCAAAGGUCCUGAGUUCGAACCCUACCUGCUGCUAUUCCCCAUCAUCCUGCAGGAGGUUUGGGCUAGGAUGUAAUAAUGAAUCUGAAGGUACAUCAGUAACAUUUAAAAAAAUGUUUAUUUUAUGGACAUACAUUACUUUAUUAACAAUAUUAAGCAGCUUGCUCAUAUAUCCAAAAAGCAUUUACCUGUUUAUUCUUUCAUGUCAUAACUUUUGUUUAAAUACUUAUAACAUUAUGGAUUAUAUAUUAUGGAUAUUAACCAAGUUAUAUUGAAAAGGAUUACUUUACAAUUUUUUUUUUUGAAAUCUACUGUGAUUGUUGUUUAAUUGGCUAUCUACACAAAAAUUCUGACACCAUUGUAAGCUAUACUUUUUAAGUGUAAGCAACGUUAUAAAAAUAAAUUCAUAUGCACAAAAGUAUUAUCUUCUGCCCAUCCUCACUAAAGUAUUAUCUUCUGCCCAUCCUUAAAGAAUUCAGCCUUUUGUAUUAUUAAAUAUUAUAUAUAAAUAUAUCAUAAAAGUGUGAAUGACAUAAAAUACUUCCUUAGGAUUUUGUGUAUAUCGACUGACAUAAUUUACUGUUUAUUUCUGUAUUAUAAACAUUUUAAGUCUUUCAUUGGUCAUGUUAGCAUCACUCUCAAUAGCAUUUUGCUAUGUAGGAACAUGAAAUAGUUGCGUUUAAACAAUGACAAACGAUGACAAACUUGAAAUAUCAACUUAAUUUAGCCCCUACACCUUUUUUGUUUUGGUGGGCCAUGGGAAGGAAUAAGAAAGGGAGACUACCAUACUUCCUCUUGGCAUCAUAAUAUGUCAUUGGAUGUUGCUGUAUACUUGUAAAUAGGUUACUGAGCACAUUAUCAAAACAGUAUAUACAUUUGCCCCUCCCACACCCCUUUCUUUGUUGGCCGAGGGGGGGGGUGGAGAAGUGAUUGUGUGUUUGUUUUAUAACUAAAUAAUAUUUUUUUAAUUUCUUACAAAAUAAAAUACAGACAUUACUUGAUUAGGUUUUGCUACAAAAUUUUUGUUUGUAUUUUUUGUAAAAAAAAAUAAAUAAAUAAUAUAUUUGUGAAAUCAAUUUUGUGAUAAAUUAUAAUUUGGUGAAUGUUUUUACAUUACUUUACAUGCCAAGAUGCUUGUUAUCAGUUUUUUUUUUAAUGUUGUUAAAAGUGACCAUUUUUUUUCAAAGUUUUUUUUUAUUUCAAUAAUGGCAAAGUUAAAUGUAAACUUUUUAUUUUUUAUAGUCUAGUAUAGGACCUUGAACUUAUUGUGUACAGAUGUUCUUGAUAAGCAUGACUCCAUCUUAAUUGUGUACAUUAUAAUAUGUUUUGGGUGCUUUUGCUCCAAAUUAGAAUUAUAAGCUGAAUAAAAUAUAUUUUGUUAUUAA